CAGGCAAUUAAUAAGUCGAGGCGCACCAUACAGAACCAUCAGAAAGAGGAGAGAGAAAAAUCUGACAAACUUGCUGUGUGUUGUGGUGUGUGGACCAACCAAUAUCCCUUUUUUUUCUUCAAUCUUCAUCACACCUUUAAUUCCAAUCCAACCUCUUCUCCCCAAAAAUCAACACUUUUCUUUCUUCUGCUCUUUAUCUUUCUUCUAAUCUCACCUCAUUUUAUACCUAUUAGCUUAGCUAAUCACAUGAUUAGACCAUAAUUAAUUAACCAAUUUUAAUUUUUUUUGGAAACUUUCUUAUUGGUGCAGGCAGAUUCUAGGCAAGCAAAGCAAAGCUCUUGGUCCCAUCAACAAGUUUGUCCGACUUUAGGCUUGUUUUCUUAGCCUAAAGUAUAUAAACAACCCAAAAUCGUAAAGGUACGUGGUACGUAUGAUAUAAGUCGACAUUGUUAGCAACAACACAUUAUUACCCUUUAUAACUCUCUAUACACGCAAGUAAAAAGAGCGAUAAAAGAGUCCAGGUUCGGAUCGGGUUCGAGUUUGGUUUCGUGUUUGGGGAGAAAGUAUAGUUGUGGGAGCAAUAAUUAGGAAAUUGGACCAUUUUGCAGGCCGUGGGGAAGAAGAACAUGCUACUGUCGGUUGUUCUGUACUACACCCUCUUCUUGUACUAGUGCUCCCUCCACCCCCUUAUUAUUCCUCUUUACAAUCACAUCUUAUCUUGCUAUUUUUACUAAAUUUAACAUUUUUAGGGGUCUUUCAUUAAUAUUUUUUUUAAUGAUGAAAGUUAAUUAAGAAAUUACAUCUUCUUAAUUAUAUUUUCAUGUUAAUUAUCUUCUUUGGUGUUAAUUGAUCAACCCAUCAAAUCCUCCUCCUAACCCAUUAAGAUAGGGCAUAUUAUCAUAUAUGGGUUAGUGGAUUAAGCACCCACCUAUGUCAAAAUCAUAUUUUAUUUCCUUAUUUAUGUUCCAUAAUCAAUUACUGUAUAUGCCCCAUAAAUAGAUUUCUCCAUUAAAUCCUUCCCUAAUUAUUGUUGUUUGUCCUAUAGUAUGAAUUUUGAUUAACCCUUUAAUCUUUUCAUUUUAGAAAUUAUAAUUAGACACAUUUUUUUUAAAAAAAAAGUGUCAAUUUUGUAUUGGAUUUGAUUUUGAAUGGAGGUUAAGAAACCAAAUAAAGAGAUUCCAUUUCAUCCCAAUUCUUUCACCCACAAUAAUCUUGAAAAAUCUCCAAAUCCAACCCUAGAUCUCUCUCAUCUAGAAAAAUACAAAGAUCCGAGCUCAAGUCCGGACUCAAACAGCCCGAAAGCGGAUAUGAUCCGCUAUCGGGAGUGUCAGAGAAACCACGCGGCUCAUUUGGGGAGCCACGUGGUAGAUGGGUGUGGUGAGUUUAUGCCUUCGGGCGAGGAGGGUUCACUCCUCGCCCUGAAGUGUGCAGCCUGCGACUGUCAUCGCAAUUUUCACAGACGAGAAGUGGAAGGUGAAACAACAGCAGCAGCAGCUACAACUACUGCUGCAGCUGCUGCGAAUACUUUAGCUGCAGCUGCAGCAGCAACAAUUUUACCAGUGGCACCUGUUGUACCACCUUCUGCUAUGACUACAACAAAUUGUUACAUUUCAUUCAGCAAAUACCACAAAAACAACAAUAAUCUUCUAUCAGUACGCCCGAAUUCUGAUACUACUACUCCCGCUGUUUACUAUCAGCAAGGAAAACAGUUCUCCCACCCCCGAGCGCCCGUAAUGAUGGCGUUCGGGGGCGGGGGAGUGGCAGCUGAAUCCUCAAGCGAUGACCUCAACGCUGGGAAUUUCGAUUACGGGGGGCACUUCGUAGAGCAAUACGGAGUAUCAAAGAAGCGAUUUCGAACAAAGUUUAGUCAAGAACAAAAGGAUAAGAUGAUGGAAUUUGCUGAGAAAAUCGGAUGGAAGAUGCAGAAACAAGAUGAUGUACAAGUGCAGCGUUUUUGCCAUGAAGUGGGUGUUAAAAGGCAAGUGUUCAAGGUUUGGAUGCACAAUAACAAGCAAGCUAUGAAAAAGAAACAAGCUUGAUAGUAAUAUAUCAUGCAUAAUGGCAAAGCAUGGUUAUCAACAUUAAUCAAGACUCAAAAGCUGGACUAAAGAUAGAUCAUUGGCUUCUCUAAGUGACCGACAUACAUUGCUAAUCAUCGAAGGACAAGUAUGUACCCGGAUCCGGAGAUUUUAUUGUAAGCCCAAUCCUUGGCCUCUUCAGCCUUGUCUAGCACGGCGUCUUUUGC